GUUUUCUUUAAAUACGCCUCUGUGGGGCGUGCCGGUGUCUUCUGCUCAUGUGCGCUAGCUAUUUCGUCCCUAACCUUUCAUCAAGCCUUGUAGUUUAUAUUUUAUUAUGGAAAUCGAUUGCUCCAUGUCUAUUCUUGUGAAAUAGGUCAGUUUGUUCACGUUAUUUCACAGGUAAGCUUCUGAUACCUAUUAAUAAAACGAGAAGUAAUAGUAUGUUGGCCAGUCAUAAGUCUUAAACGACAAAAUGGCGUUAAUAUUGGUAUGGAUGUUGUUAUUGGCUAAAGCGGUAUUAGGCCAUGUUUACAAUGCGGUUGAGACAGAAAUGUUUGCAAUACCUAUCAGCCCAAAUUUAUUUAACUGGACAUACCAAGAAUUCGAUCAGCAGUACCGUUUCCAUGCCUCAUUGAUAGGCAAACCAGAGCUACCAUCUUGGCUGCGUUAUAUUUACAGCGGGAGACACCACUCCGGGUUUAUUUUCGGCACACCGCCACGCAACACCAAAACGCCGAUUACUCUUGAAGUGAUUGGCUUAAACAGACAAGACUAUGAGACACGACGAGUGCUAUUGAAUCUAAGAGUAAAACCUAAGGACAAUAUGGCCAAGCAUGAAGUUGAAUUUAAAAUUGACAAUCUAAAUGUUGAAGAUCUAUUAGAUGAGCACAGAAUGACACGCCUUAAAGAUAUUUUAAGAACAAAACUAUGGACAGAGAGUAGCAAAGAUCUGUAUCCUACUUUUCUUGCUUCUGCAAUCGAUUUAGGCGCGAGAUUGCCGUUGAAACCGAGCGAUGGAGAGGGACUCGUAGUCAGACUAGGUAGUUCGGUGCCAUUCUCCUCUGAGCUAAAACGCCUGAGAGAAGAAGUCCGUCCACUUUCCCGUUUGCCGAGCUGUCCUCGAGAUUACAAGCGGACCACUGUCGAAAGACUCUUCAGAGAUGCUGGUCUCAAUCUUGACUGGUGCAGUUUUGAGUUGUACAAUACAAUCUACAAGCGGCGCUCGACGGAGCACGUGGAGUACAUGACGGAGGCGGCGGGCGCGGGCGGCGCGGCGGGCGGCGCGGCGCGCGGCGCGUGGGCGGCGCCGGCGCGCGCCGCGCUGCCGUCGCGCUCGCUGGCGCGCGCGCUGGGCGCCGCCGCCGCGGGGCCGCUCGCGCUGCUGCUGCUCUGCGCCGCCGCGCUCUCCGCCGCGCUCUGCCUGCACUACGCCACCGUACGUGAUGCUGUUUCAGAGAGAUUUAUUGACGAAAUUUAUCAUAUCUGCGAAGAUUACAGAAAACGAAGAGCUCAUAAAUCGGCUAAAGUGGAACUGUGCAGAUACGGCACUGGCAACACUGAGCAGACGCAAGAAGACAACAAUAGUAACAAAAGUGUGGGAGUAAGUCCCAAUAGCAGUCUCGUCAGACCAUACAGCCCUAAAUCGACAACCAACCUCGCAGCUAACUACAACCGCCCUCAGCCCCCUCCUUACAUCGGAUCUACAACCAAUUCCCUCCACCACAGGAAACCAACCGACAAAACGCCGACGAGCUCACACACGCCUGAACACAACCGAGGACACAUGGCCUUGGAAGAAUCGUUAAAGCUACUCAACGAAGCGAACAUUUCAAGCGAAUUCGACAAUUUAAUUCUCCGAGAUCAAAUAGUCGAUCUAAACGACGGUUCAGACGAUUACGUACCAAUCAAACCGGAACCGGCGGGUUAUGUAUCGAUGAAACCGGAUAAAACUGGUUAUGUCAACAUGAAACCGGAUUUGGAUGAUAUCGUUGUACCGGAAUUGGCCAAGUAUGGGAUUUCUGGUAUUGGACAGAUUUGACAUGAAGCCGACGGUUCGCAGCCGCAAGUCAAAACUUGGUUUUGUUAACCAAUUCAUGACUGAUUCGGAAAAAUAUUUAUCAAACAAACAUGCCUAAUCAAAUAAAAAGCACGAUAAAUAUUAACGUGUAGUUGUACUAAUAAAAGUAGCCAAGAACAUAUUGAAUGGAUAAUUUACCGAUAAGGAGGCGAUACCUCUUGCUGGAUACGCUUGCAAGAUGGCGCCAAAAUGCUGUCAAAAAAUAUUGACACAUCUUCAAAAUUUCGCUUUAUAUGUUAUUACAUAUUUAUGAAAUAUCUCAAUAUAGACAAUAUAGUUAUGCAUUAAUGUUCAAAUUGGAUUCUUACCUUUAUUAACAUAAUAGAAUUCAAUACAGACAAUUUUUUGCAUAAUAUAGAAAUACUAUACUAUGCUUUUUUUUGUACGAAUGACAUACCAAUAUAGCUAUGACAUGAUAUGUAGUGACUUGUAUGUGUACCAUUUCAUCCUAUUAUAACCGUAUGUACAAGAACGUUUAGGAAUUUGUGAUUAUUAUACAUUUCUAGUCAAAUUUACUUAGUCAAUAAAAUAAAUGUUUAAAUGUU